AGCAAGGCAGAGGCGCGUUUGAUCGUCGGUUACCCCAGGUUUGCGGAGCCGGUCGGAAGCGGGCCGUCAGCUGACUUACGGUAAGCACGUGCACUAUCGAUAAGCCAUGUGGCGCUCUCUGCACGAAAUCUGUCCACCAACUUCGAGUCGAAGGUACGACUUAGCAUGCAACUCUCGACUCUAAACCGAUGGAAUUAGUCGUACUGAAAGGGCCAUAGUGCCAGCGCUUGAAGCGAUAACCGUUGCGUACUAUUUGAACGGCAUAGUAGAGGAUACACUACUGCGAAGAUGUCUCGACCUGAAGACACUCUCCCGCCGGACCUCUUUUACAACGAUGUUGAGUCACGGAAGUAUACGACAAGUUCCCGUAUCAAGAACAUACAAGCGGACAUGACCAACCGGGCCCUGGAGUUGUUAGACCUCAAGGAACCGUCACUGAUCUUAGACAUUGGCUGUGGCUCUGGCCUUUCUGGGGAAAUCCUGUCUGACGUGAGCGAGGACGAAGGUGGACCGCACGCCUGGGUUGGUAUGGACAUCAGCUCCUCUAUGCUCGCGCAGGCACUGGACCGUGACGUCGAAGGUGACAUGCUUCUGGCAGACAUCGGCCAGGGUGUACCUUUCCGUGCCGGCAGCUUUGACGCAGCCAUCUCAAUUAGUGCGAUUCAAUGGCUUUGCAAUGCGGAGACGGCGGACGUGUCGCCCGAAGGCCGGCUUAAGCGGUUCUUUGACGGGUUGUACGCCUCCCUGAAACGAGGUGGCAAAGCUGUUUGUCAGUUCUAUCCCAAGAAUGCCCAGCAGCGGAGUAUGAUUUCGAACGCAGCUAUCAAAGCAGGAUUCGGGGCCGGUAUUCUCGAAGACGAUCCAGAAACCAAAAAUGUCAAGGUCUAUCUUGUGCUUACAGUGGGUGGCGGAGAUGUCACAGGAACUGUGAGCGGCAUGAACGGUGUUGAUGUGUACGACGCUCGGAGGAAGGAGAGGAAGCGUGGCAAGGAGUUCGAGAAGAAGGGAAGUAAAGCGUGGAUCCUGCGCAAGAAAGCCCAGAUGGAAGCGAAAGGAAAGGUCGUCAAGUCAAGUAGCAGGUAUACUGGCCGAAAAAGGAGGGUGGCGUUCUGAGAUUUUUCCUUCAGAGACCGCUUCGAUCUGUUUGCCGAUACUGUGCCCUGAAAACAUUUGAGGGGCGUACUGUGGUCGCCCCCUGUUAGCACUUGGACACGCAUUCAAGACUUGAUGCGCUGCGAUCUACGCGAGGGGUGAGUGACUAUUGCUCGAGCAAGAGAUGGGGCUAACUACCAGUGCGAGAUCUGCUG